UCUUCGUGCAGUGUGUUGAGCUUCACGCGCUCAUUCCCCUCAGCGACUCCGACAUCAUGGCGGACGCCGAUUCUUGGGAUGCUGAUAGUUUCGAGCCUGAGGAGCCUAUCAAAAAGGCGGCAGCUCAUGACAAAUGGGAGGGCGAGGAUGAAGACGACGACGUGAAAGAUAAUUGGGAUGAUGAUGAAGAGGAAGAAAAGGAGGAGGAAAAAAUGUCAGUAUACAGUACCGAUCACAAGGUUCUGAACGAGGCUAAACCUACAGAAAAGAAGAAACUCAGUGAGAAAAUAAAAGAAAAGGAAAAUUUACAAAGAAAAAAACAAGAGGAGCUCAAAAAACAAAUAGAGGAGUCAAAAGACAGCACAGAACUCACACCAGAAGAGGAGCUGGCGGAAAAACUUAGAGUGAAAAAACUACAGGAGGAUUCAGACUUAGAACUAGCAAAAGAAGCAUUCGGUGUAGUAUCAAAUAAUGUUACAGGAAUUGAUGCGAUGAGUCCCUCUACAAAAGAUGACUUCACAGAGUUCGAGCGGUUGCUAAAAGAAAAAAUAUCUUCCUAUGAGAAAUCAAUACACUAUUCCAGCUUUUUAGAGACACUGUUUAGGGACCUGUGUCUUUCAUUGGAAGUUGAUGACUUGAAGAAAAUUAGCAACUCACUAACAGUGUUACUAAGUGAAAAGCAGAGGCAAGAAAAGGCAAACAAAGGUAAAAAGAAAAAGAAGGGUGUUUUACCAGGAGGAGGUUUAAAAGCCACAAUGAAAGAUGAUCUCGCGGACUACGGGCACUUCGACGGUGGUUAUGCACAAGACUAUGAGGAUUUCAUGUGACCAAGGCUUAACCCAUUGAUAGAGUUUGCUGAUUGCUGAACCACACACCUUAACAGCAUGACCUUACCCCACAGUCAAGCCCACUACCAGAACCAUGCUAGAAAACUGAACGCCAUCCCACGCAAUGCACACUCUCCCUUCAAAGAGGUUUAUGCAGAGAAUCUGCGGCAUUUUUCUCUGGUCUGUGAAUUUAGGUCAAUGUUUGUCGGAAUAACAAACCCGAUAAAACAAGGUCUCAGUAUCGAUUAAUCGUCACAGUCCAGGCAACAAAGAGUUAUUGUUCGGUAACUGCUAUUUCUUGGAAAUAAAUGACAUUCUAUGCAAAUUUCAGUCCGGAUUGAUCUCUCGUUGGAUCCGCUUCGACUAGUAUCCUUUUUGAAUGGGAUGUUUCUUUUGCAAACAAGGCCGAUUAACUUAACCUAUACAACCUAAAGUGGUGAUAUGGUAGUCACAUGGUUCAUAAACCAUGUCUACAAUCUUUUUUUUUUUUUUUUUUUUUGUUGGUAGAUGAUAGUGAGCUCAUUUGUUUAGAUAAGUAAAUCUAUAGUGUAGCGUACCUAAUGCUUCGAAAAUAACGCCGUUACGUUUGUAGCUCGUAAUGCAUUCCGUGAAAAGACCAAAAGUAUCACUAAAUGAACCGUUUUGAAAUUACAUUGCAGCGUUUUAGGAUUACCUCAAUUUUUGCAGAGCGAAUUAUGCGAAUAUUUACAAAUGCAGCACAUUAUGCAGAUACUCAUUUGACCUCAACCAUGCCAGCAAUGAGCGAGUGUGAUCUCACAUCACACGGUCUGCUGAUGAAUAAGGGACUGAACAUUGACGUAGGGUCGUUUCAAGGUGCCGUUCGGCCUUUCAUUUUUCGACAACUUACAGUGAUAGACAUGCUUCAGAGAGACUUACGAUCAGCAAAGACGAUGAUAGGACUCUGCACUGUUUUAUAAAGAUCUAAUUUAAUAAAAGUUGCUUAAAAUCC